GAAACUAUACAUUUGGGAUCAUUACGUGAAAAAUAAGUCGGAAUAUAAAUAAUUAUUGUAAAAUGUAAAUGUUUAUUUCAAGUAAGCCGUUAAUAAAGGCACUUUUAAAAGUGCAGGUCGUUCCGUUGGUGCCUUGUGGUAGCAAUAAAAUAAGUGGAGCUACUGCUUUUACAUUUGUGUAGACUGUGGCUAAGGUUUCCGACUGUCAGUCAUUCUUCACAGAUUUGAGGAAACGUUUUUCAUAUUACCAAUACCAGUUGACGAAUUGACGUUGUAUAUUAUUUGUUUACUCAAAGCGUCGUAUUUUGAUUUCGCUAAGUAUUGACGUGACGUAAGAAAAACAUAGUUGAUGUGCCAAGAGGGUGGUGAAAUAUAAUUUCGUUCGGAGGAAGUGACAUUUCAAGUAGUGAUAUUGGGACAAAAACUUAGUGAUAACGAAAUAACAAGUGGGUGUAAAUACGAUGGAGUCGGAGCAUCAGCCAAAAUUAAGCCCCGUGAGGGCUUUUCAAGUGCUUCACGGCUGCAACCCUGACCCUGAGGAAACAUACACCAGUCUGUCGGAGUUCCACGACUACGAGCCGAGCUUGGAGUUCGACGAUUCAGAGCUCAUACAGACCAGUGGCUUAGUUUUGUCCACAGCGCCGCUGCCUCCAGAGUUGCUGGACAUACCUGAUGAUCUUCUAGAACGUUCCGCCAGCGACGGCACCAUCGAAGAAAACUUUGAGGAGGAGUUGGCGUCCGCACCCGAAGUCUAUGCAGAGAUCACCUCAUCACAAGACGAGUCGUUCGAGGAGCUGACGGGCACGGGCCUGGUCGAGGUGGUGGGGGACGACGAGGUGGGCCGCCGCAUCAUAGUGGUGUCGGCCUGCAGGCUGCCGCCCAGCAAGGACCUGCAACCUGACAAGCUACUUAGGUACCUAAUGUUCACACUCGACAAAUACGUGGAACAAGACUACAGCGUCGUUUACUUCCACUGCGGGUUGACGAGCAAGAACAAGCCCCCUCUGUCGUGGCUAUGGCGCGCUUACAAAGCUUUCGAUAGGAAGUACAAAAAGAAUCUAAAAGCGUUGUACCUUGUGCACCCGACCAACUUCAUCCGCAUCGUGUGGCAGAUGCUGAAGCCCGCCAUCAGUGUCAAGUUCGGCAGAAAGAUGAUGUACGUCAACUAUCUUCACGAGCUGAAGCAGUACCUCAACCUGGACAAGCUCUGCAUCCCCGACGCUGUGCUAGAGUAUGAUAGGAUGCUUCUGGUUAAAAAUCCAAAAGCUGCAGAAUCCGCUCGUCAGAUCACCAACCCGGCCAGCCGUUCCCCAGUCGUCGACACCGCGGAGAAGCCCAAAGACUCGCUCUCGCCGCCGCCAACGCAGCAGUUUGGAGUGUCCUUAGCUUUUAUCAAGGAAAAUAACGUCAACAUGGUUGGCGCUAUCCCACCAGUUGUACGGGAAUGCGUUGAAUUCCUGAUGCAGCCUGACGCUCUGGAGACUGAGGGCAUUUUUCGUCGAUCUGCAAACAUGGCCGUGAUCAAAGAGCUCCAGCGCGCCUGCAACCGUGGCGAGCCGCUACGGUUCCGCAACGACCCUCACAAUGCUGCUGUCCUGUUGAAAACUUUCCUGCGGGAUUUAGAAGAACCACUUCUCACUUUUGAAUUGUAUGAUGAAAUCAUGGAAUUCCAGACUUGGUCAGCCCGCGACAAGCCGCGCCGCGUGAAGAUCCUGAUCUUGGAGCGCCUGCCGCUCGACAACUACAAAUUGUUGAAAUAUGUCUUCCAGUUCCUGUGGAAGGUACAGGACCGCAGUUGUCUGAACAAGAUGACGACCAACAACCUGUCGGUGGUGUUCGGGCCUAACCUGGCGUGGCCGCCCAACGGCCAGCAGUCGCUGCUCUCCAUCGCGCCCAUCAACAACUUCACCGACUUUCUGCUCGCGCACCAGGAAUCCAUCUUCAUCAUCUAAGCCGCUUCUGCAACCAGAUCCAUCUUGUUAUACCAUUUUAAAUUUGCAACCCUUGGGAAUGUUUUGACUCUGUCAUGCCAAAUUUAUAGUAGACUUUAUGAAUAUAGAAUUACAUUUAGAUUACUCAUUAAACAAUAGAUGAAGUAGAAUUGAAUGAUAUCAUAGCUGAAUUAAAAUCGAAUCUCUGUUAACUUAGUACUUCCGAGUAUCUCUUCGUAGGACUAGCAUUCUGAUGACUGCACUUGAAGUUUCUAUCAAUGUCUAGAUGUAUUUCAUGUUAAAAUGUAACUUAUUAAAUCUAUGAAAAAAAAUAUGUGAAACCCCAAUAAACAAUAAAUUUUCCCCUGUCUAGCUGAUUAAUCAAGGUUAGGCAAAUUAUUAGGAUCUUGUGGAGGUAAGAAACAUUACUGAGACACUUUUGGUUUGGAUUUUUAUAACUAAUACUGCACAAUAUUUAUAUUAUCACAAGUACUACACCUGUCUAUCAGUAUAUAUCUAUAAUUAUAUUUAUCCAAGCAGUUCAAUUGCCUGUUCGAAAAAUCUAAACUUUCAUAAUAUCUACAUGUCGUAUAACAAAUAAAAUUUUCUCAAUAAUAAAUACAUAAUACGUAAAUAAAGAAUUUGUCAAGUAGUA